AUGGUGGCCGUGGCGUCGGUGGAAAAGGCCGACGAGAGCGCUGUCCGGAGCGAGGCCAUCGACUCGGUCGACUCGAUCCAGUGCGGCGGAAGCCCGAGCUUGGCCCCGAGCCUGCGGAGGAAGUUGCGCUGCCGGAUUUCCUUCUGUAAACGGGUGGCAGAGGCCGCCUUCCUCGCCGUCACCAACCCGGCCCACUGGUCGGAGCCGACCGUCCACACCCUCGCCCCGCACUCCCCGCGGUGGACAGGGACUGCAAAGGCUGCUGCAGCCUUUUGCUUUGCCGACACCGCCGAUACCGCACUCGCCUGCCUCGCGCCCCGUGCCCGCCACUCGGCCUCCCCCUCGGCUGCCCGCUCGCAGCUGCAGAUGCAGCCGGCGGCUCCCACAGGCCUCGCCGCUCCCGGAGCCGAUGCCUCUGCCGCAGGCACAGGCUCGACCAGUUUGUGGACCCGGCUUCAUGGCUUUGUCUUUGUGCUGACCACCGGUGAUGGCGAUCGGCUCUACGGACACGUCCGCCGCUUUGCCGGGCCGUCGGACACUGUGUACGCCGUGUGCAUGCUCUCAUAUCACCCCACGGUCGCCCUCUUCCGCAAGGUCCUCAAGCUGGCCGAGCGGGUAAAGGGCCAUGCUGCACCGAGCGCAGGCAACUGUCCCGCGCUCGGAUCGCUCUUUGACCAGGUCCUUGCUGCCCGCAUCACCUCGCCCUCGCUCAAGCUCACUGUCGGCUCGUCGAGCUACACUCUGCGGCUACCGCGAGCGACGCCCGGGGCCGCGCCGCGGUUUGAGCCAUCAGUCGGUGCCCGGCUGGCGUUGCUUGCCGCCCUCGACGCCGACGCCAUUGCCGGCGUCCUGCUCGCUCUCGCCACCGAGCGCCGCAUCCUGGUCACAGCCCAGGCGCUGGCCACGCUCUCGUCGUCAAUCCUGACCCUCAACGCCUUGCUCGACCCGCUGCAGUGGCAGCACGUCUUCAUCCCGGUCCUGCCACCGUCGCUCUUUGACUACGCCUGCGCACCCAUGCCGUGGCUCAUGGGCGUCCCCACGUCGGAGCUCGAGACUAUCGCCAAGUACCCGCUAGACGACGUCGUCGUUGUCUACCUCGACCACUCGAGCGUUGUCGACACCGCGGCUGAGCGGGCCGAGCGCGCCAGCACGUCCAGCUUUGGCGACGACCUCGCUGCUGCCGGUGGCGUCGCACUGCCGAACAAGCCGGCCGCCGCGCUGCGCAAAACAUGGUCGGCGCUCCGCAAGGAGCUUGACGCCGUGGUUCCUGAAUCGGCGCAGCGCGAGCUCGCCAAUCGGGUCUCGAACGCGUUUAUGGCCUUUUGGGUCUCACUCCUCGGCCCGUUCCGCUCGUGCCUCUUUGUCGACGAGUCGGCCGUCUCCACCGGUCGCCACGCGUCGUCGGCUGUCGUGUUUGACUCUGAGGCGCUCAUCGCACAACACGAAGAGUCCAAGUCGACCGUCGCCUUUCUUCGCGCUCUUCAGCGGACCCAGAUGUUCGAGGAGUUUGGCCGCGAAAUCGCAGACCGCGCGGCAUCGCGCCGUCCGCCCAAUGCCUUUGAAAUCGCCGCCUUUUCCUACAAGCGCGUCUCGCGGUCCAAGCUCGGCAAGGUCUUCUCUGCCCUCCGCCGCGGCGGCGGCUCGUCGACUUCGGCCCCGGGCUCGCCAGCCGACUCUCCCGCCACGCCGCGGACGCCGACUGGAACCGGUGGCGGUGUCGGCGGAAGCCUUGGCAGCGGCGGGGGCUUAUUCGGCGAGCUCGCCUCGCCGGUUCUCGCGCCCAACCGGGUCACCCGUCGGGUCCGCCUCGACAACCGGGUCAACUGGGACGGCGUCGACUUUGCCGACAUCCACGCCUCAUUUGCUCCCCCCGAUGCGCCCGACGCGCCCGACCCCGCGCUUGUCAGCCCAGCCCAGCCACACCCGGAGGCAGAGCCCCUCGCCACCUCUGCUCCGCUCAUCGACUUUGCUGCAAGCACUGAGCCUGUGGCAGAGCCCAAGCCGGAACUCCCCAAGCCAGCUCGUCCGCAGGCUGCUGCCGAUCCGUUUGCUAUUUUCGGAUCAGAGCUCGCCGCUGCACCCGCACUCGCCGCCGCAUCCGCCGCAGCUCCUACCACCGUGCCGGCCGCCACCGCUGAUCCGUUUGCUAUGUUUGCAGCCGGACCGUCAGUCUCGGGCAGCCUCGUGCAAGACACGCCGUCGCUGCUCUCGAUGUUCGACCCGCUCCACAACGGCGAUAGUGGCAGCGCGACCAAGCCUGGCGCCGCCGCCAAUGCGGACGUGCUGGCCAGCAGUGGUGCGAGCACGCCAAGCUUGCUCGACUGACGCUUGUACGGCCAUCGUUUACAGCUGCAGCGGCGGAGCUAGCCCUUGAUGCAGCAAAUAGGGGUGAGCUUGACAGCCUUGCGGCCGAUACCCUUCUGGUGGCAGGUCUCGAUGACCGCGUCGAUGUCCUUAUACGACGAGGUGCACUCCUCGGCAAUGAGCUUGGGCGAGGCCACGCGAAUGGAGACGUUCUUGGCCGCAAGCUCGUCGAGAACAGACUCGUACUUGACCUCGCGGCGGGCCUUGGAGCGUGAGCAGCGGCGGCCGGCGCCGUGGCAGGUCGACCCAAACGUCUCGUCCAUGCCCUUUUGUGUCCCAAGCAGAAUGUACGAGGCCGAGC